AUGGUGCAAAUAUUACACAUUACAACAGAGUUGACAUCCUCCUUCACGCUCAGAAAGAUGCCUACUUUAUUUGAAUUGUUCAACUUCAUUCUUCUGGUGGUUGUGACCCUCACAGGAUUGGCAGGAAAUGGAUUUAUUGCCAUCGUUAACUGCAUUGACUGGUUUCGAAGCAGAAAACUAUCCCCAGCUGACAUGAUCCUGAGUUGUCUUAGCUUGUUCAGAUUUGCAUUUCUUGCCAUUGUGAUACAGACUGCAAUUUUUAUCCUCUUUUUUGAGGACACUUUUCAGAAGAGGGACCUAAGCAUUGCAUAUGAUACCUCAUGGCUAUUUGUUAAUACUGCUGAACUUUGUUUUGCCGCUUUGCUCAGUAUUUUGUACUGUGUAAAAAUUGCCAACUUCUCCCACUCUCUCUUCCUGCAAAUGAAGUGGAGAUUCCCUGGGCUGGUGCCUUGGCUGCUUCUGGGGACAGUGGUCUAUUCGGCACUCGCCACCAUUGUAGGAACAAUGGACAUUACACUCAUAUCUGAAUGUAGUUCAUAUGAAUCACUUCUUGGCAAUAACACUGACUCAGGAAUUAAGACAUCUGACUUUUGCAAGUAUUCCAUCUUUCUAUAUGUUGUUCCAGAAUUAUUUCCCUUCAUGAUAUUUUUGUUCUCAUCCAUCUUACUACUAACUUCUCUGUGGAGGCACAAAAAUCUUCUACGAAACACUGCAAAGGAUGUCAGCACAGAAGCUCACCUGAAUGCCAUCAAAGCUCUGGCUUCUUUCUGCAUCCUCUACAUAUCUAGCUUUUUUGUGGAAAUUUUGGAUGAUGUCCUGUCCUGGAUGGACACUGGGGACCUUUGGGUAACAAUAUUUUUUUUUAAUGUGAUUGCUGCAUAUUCCUCUGGCCAUGCCAUUAUCCUGAUCUUCAUUAAUCCCAGACUAAAACAGGAAUCGGUAAGGAUUCUACAUCCGCUAAAAAGCUGCAUGAAGACACCAUCUUAAAGGCCAUCAAGACAUCAUGGAAGUGUCGUCCACUUUUGCAGGUACAAAAUCUUCUGUCUGAGAACCGCCUAGAAGAAGUUCUCCUGGAAAAGUUCUCCUGCACAAGACUGCCCAACCACUGCAGAGUGGUUUGCAUAGGAGAAUAUUGUACAAUAUUGUCUGUCCCUGGGUUUGCAGGUUCCCACAUGCUCUGAGGACACAACCUAGGAGAGGUUCUCCUGCACAAAAAUGCCCAGCUAUCGCAAGGAGGGUUGCACAGAAGAGCUUUCUGCUGGGUAUGCCCUUGAAUUCUGUAGUAGUGUUUUAUACAAACCUCCAUAGACUCAUGCAUGGCUAUGAAGAGGGCAUUUGUCUUCCCGCCAACAGAUUCUCCUUUUGACUGCACUUGACAUGUUAAAUAUUGUUCUCCUCCCUAACCAAUUGAUCAUUUUUGCUGUUGUAAAUGAUGCUUUUGAUCUCAUUUCUAUCUGAUGUUGAUUUGCAGUUGUAAUUGCAAUAUAAAUACAUCAGCCUAGGGAAAGAGUUAACUGGCACCCCAACAAAGUCCUGGCAGGUAUCCAAUUUCUCUUCCUUUGUCCGUCCAGCCUUGCCAAAGCCUUACCAUGUCUCCAAACUCCCAUCUUGUCCUGCCGUCCAAGCUAACAACCCCUUUUUCUUCUCCCAAGUAAUAAUUGACUCAGACCAGCUUAUUAAUUCCACAUCCAUUUAAAAUUAUUCUCUUUGUUUUAUAUUCCAUACACACAGUUCAUUUUUUUAUUAUUUGUAAACCAUAUCUAUAAUCUAAUUCCCUCCCACUCUGCUUGUUGCUUUAAAAUGUUAAUUUGGCUUCUAGGGAGUUUGCUGAGUCAGUUAUGUAAAUAGAAAAAAAAUAAAGAAUCCAUUUUUAGGCUCCCCCGCCCCAUACCAUCUUUUGCACCAAAUGAAGUCUUCUUUCUCAUUCAAAUCUUAACAACCUUGCAGCUGUUUCAAUUCAGCAGUUUCAGUUGCAGCUGUUUCAAUUUCAGCAUGCAUCUAUACAUUUAUCCUAAUUAAACUUUUAAUGAGCAGAAGAACCUCUGCUUCUUAAUGGUGGCGGAGGAGGGUUACCAACAGGCAAAGUGCUUUUGCACUCAGUGCCUCCCUGCCUCCCGCAUUCCAUAUCGGAGCGAAAAUCAGGUAUCGAGACAAUCUGCAAGUGAAGGAUAAUUACCCUCAAUCAUCCUUGGUUUUUUCCUUCGCCAACAAUCUCCUGUUGUCAUGGGAGCUGUCUCCAUUAAGGCAGCCGGAACUGGAAGCCGUGUCUGCAGUGAGGCAGGAACGCGGGUGGCACUGUGGUCUAAACCACUGAGCCCCUUGGGCUUGCUGAUCAGAAGGUGGCGGUUCGAAUCGCUGCAACGGGGUGAGCUCCCAUUGCUCUGUCCCAGCUCCUGCCAACCUAACAGUUCAAAAGAACAGCAGUGCAAGUACAUAAAUAGGUACCUUCAAUAUGGGGUUCCGCAGGGCUCAGUUCUAUCCUCCAUGUUGUUUAGCAUCUAUAUGAAAGUGCUGGAUGGGAUUAUGCGGAGGUUAGGAGUAUGUCAUCAGCAGUAUGCUGAUGACACUCAGCUCUAUUUCUCCUUCACAUCUGCAGGUGAGGCGGUGAAAGUGCAGGACCAAUGUCUUGCCUCAGUAAUGGACUGGAUGAGAGCCAACAAACUAAAGUUCAAUCCAGAUAAGACUGAGGCACUGUUCAUGGGUGCUUCCUCAGACAGGAUGGUUGGGAGGUCGCCUGCUCUUGAUGGGGUUACGCUGCCCCUAUAGGAGCAGGUUUGUAGCUUGGGUGUACUCCUGGAUCCUUUGCUGUCGCUUGAGGCCCAGGUAGCCUCAGUGGCCCAGAGUGCCUUCCAUCAGCUUCGGCUGGUGGCCCAGCUACACCCCUAUCUGGACAGGGAUCAUCUAAUUAUUGUUGUCUAUGCUCUGUUAACCUCAAGGUUAGAUUACUGCAAUACAUUAUACGUAGGGCGGCCUCUGAAGACGGUUCGGAAACUUCAGCUGGUGCAGAACUCAGCGGCCAGAUUGCUCACCGGAACUAGACGAUUUGAGCAUAUUACACCGAUCCUGGUCCAACUGCACUGGCUACCAAUUAGUUUCCAGGCCCAAUUCAAAGUGCUGGUUUUGACCUAUAAUGCCUUAGGCUCAGGACCGCAAUACUUUAAGGACCGCCUCUUCCCAUAUGAAGCUACCUGGACCCUGAGGUCAUCUUCUGAGGCCCUUCUCCUUGUGCCUCCUCCUCGAGAGGUCAGGAUGGUGGCAGCAUGAGAACAGGCCUUCUCUUCAGUGGCUCCCCAUCUGUGGAAUGCCCUCCCCAGAGAAGUUCGCCUGGUGCCUUCACUAUACAUCUUUAGGCGCCAGGCAAAAACAUUCCUCUUCAACCCGGCCUUUGCCUGACCUGACAUCCUAUGCCCUUUUUUAAAUGCUGGCUCUUUCCUGGGGGGAGAUAGUAAUCUGGUUUUGGUUUUGAUUUUAUGUAAGCGAUUUUUAAGGAGAACCGCCCUGAGACCUUCAGCGAUGGAUAUAGAAACAAAAUAAAUAAUAAUAAUACCGCUGUGGCGAGAAGGUAAAUGGCAUUUCCAUGUUUUCUGGUUUCCAUCACUCUGUUCCAUUGCGCCAGAAGUGGUUUAGUCCUGCUGGCCACAUGACCCAGAAAGCUGUCUGUGGACAAACGCUGGCUCCUUCUGCUUGAAAGUGAGAUGAGUGCUGCAACCCCAUAGUGGCCUUUGACUGAAAUUAACUGUCCAUUGGUCCUUUACCUUUUACCUGCAGUGAGGUUUAUACCUAACUACUUAAAUCCUCCAUGCGCUAUGGGAAAUGGAGAGUUAACUAGUAACCAGCCUCUUGUAGUGUUUCUAAAUUGAUAGGCAGGAGCUCAGAUUUAGAGUAGCUGAUUUGCAAUCCUGCUACCCUGUGAUACAUUUCUAAUUGCCGCUUAGGUGGCUAAAGGCUGUUAUUGGAUUUUGCAAAGAUAAAGGGGUGUCAUCUGCAAACAUACUCAUUUUGUGUAUCUCAUUCUGCACAAUGACACCCUCUGUAGAAGGCGUCUUUGUAUAGUUCGAUGCCUAGUACCUCCAUGAACAAUGCAAACAGCAAUGGCAACAGAGGGCAGCUCUGCUGGGUGUCCCUUAAGACGUCAAAACCUGAGCGUCAAAUCCAUUGAUUGCUUAAAGAGGGGCAAGAACAUAGAAAACAAUGAAUAAAUUCUUUUUAAAAAAUCUUCUAUUGGCAUGCACAAGUAAACACCUUGCUUUAUUUCUAUGACCGAUUAGAACAACAUCCCUCACAAACACAAUAAAUUUAUGAAAUCAUUUGAUAGAAAUCUCUGUUUACAUAUGGAUUAAAAAUAAUCAUACUGGUGAACAAACAUUAAUCAAGAUAAACAAAUCCUAAAAGAAUCAUGUAUCACUGUUUGUUAAGGCAGAUGCAAAAAUGAUGUUUAGCACCACUGUCGAAUUUGCAAAUAUGACAGCAGAAUAUAUGAUAUAGAUUUAGUAAUGGAAUCUUUCCAGAUGUGAUUUGCAUUUGUACAGAAUCAACAAAUGAAAAUAGCUCACAUCCCUCCCUGCAAGUUUCUCUAUUCUGGAAAGUAGGCAGAAGUAUCUGCUCCCCACUGGUAAUAUAAAGAGCAGCAUCAGCAUCAGCCUCUGCUAAUAUUAUACAUUACACUGGAAGAAACGCUUCUAUUUCAUGCUCAGAAAGAUGCCUACCUUAUUUGAAUUGUUUUGCUUCAUUCUUCUGGUGAUUGAAACCCUCACAGGAAUGGUGGGAAAUGGAUUCAUUGCUAUCGUGAACUGCAUUGACUGGCAUAGAAGCCAAAAACUAUCCCCGGUUGACAUGAUCCUGAGUUUGCUUGGCUUGUUCAGAUUUGCAUUUCAUGCCAUUUUGAUACAGAUUGCAAUAAUAAACGUCUUUUUCGUGGACACCUUUCAGAAAAUGAACGUAUAUAUUGCAUACAAUUCCUUGUGGCUAUUUCUUAAUACGCCUGGCCUUUGGUUUGCCGCUUGGCUCAGUGAUUUGUACUGUGUAAAAAUUGCUAACUUCUCCCACCCUCUCUUCCUGCAAAUGAAGCGGAGAUUCCCUGGACUGGUGCCUUGGCUGCUUCUGGGGUCUGUGGUCUUCUCUGCAAUCACCACCACUGUAGCAAUAACAGGCAGUAUCAUUUUGUCUAAAUGUAAUCCAUUUGAAUCACAUCUAAACAAUAACAAUGACUCAGCAGUUAACACGACCAGUUCCUGUAAGUUUCUUAGCCUACUAUAUUUUUUCCCGAAUUUCCUUCCUUUCAUUAUAUUUUUGAUCUCAUCCAUUUUAUUACUAACUUCUCUGUGGAGGCACAAAAAUCUGUUACAAAACAGCGCAAGGGAUGUCAGCACAGAAGUUCAUCUGAAUGCCAUCAAAGCCCUGGCUUCUUUCUCCGUUCUCUAUGUAACUAACAUUUUUGUGGAAAUCUUGUCAAUAGUUUUGUUUUGGAAGGGCAUUAACCACAAUGGGGUGCAUUUAAUUCUUUUUAAUGUGAUUGCCGCAUAUUCCUCUGGUCAUGCCAUUAUCCUGAUCUUCAUGAAUCCCAAACUGAAACAGGAAUCAAUCAAGAUGCUACAUCAGCUAAAAUACUGAAUGAAAUAUUGAAUAAAUGAAUGCACUAUCAUGUCAAAACUGAAAAGCAAGAGUUCUACCAAUGUAGGUUCCUUCUUAGUUCUGUGUUUCCUUUCAGAUAUCCAUAUUAACUUCCUCCUCAUUAUUUACACAACAUUGUGAGGUGGCUGGUAUAUGGUUAGUCAGAGCUCUGAAGAUGUUUUUUCCCUUAAUGGCUGAAAACCAGAGAUGGGGGAACGGGCUAGUCGCGGUACUUGGCUUGUCUUGCUACCUGGCUCUCGCUCCAGCAUGGAUUGUGGGAGACACAGAGGCACUGAGUGCAAAAGCACUUUGCCUGCCGUUAACCCUCCUACGCCACCAUUAAGAAACAGAGGUUCUCCUGUUAAUUAGAGCUUAAUUUGGACUAAUGUACAUGCACAUGCGAGAAGAGAUGAGCUCAUAAACUGCGGAACUGAACCAGCUGCAAGUUCUUAUAUCUGAACUUGAGAGAAUACGUCAUUCAGUACAAAAGGCGAUGGGGAGAAGCGAGCCUAUGGCUUCUUUAUAUGAAGUUUUCUUCUCUAUGUUUAUGAUUUGGCAACCCUCCCUUGAAUGCUAGUUCAGAUUGUAUAUGUGCAAGUGAGGAGGGAUGAAACUGGAUUGUAGAUAUGGAAUAUAACAUUAAAUGGAACUGUGUGUGUAAAAAAAAAACAAGGAAAAAGGGAGGGAAGCUCUAUGUUGCAAGAAGUUUACGAUGGAAGCUUACAGCUGACUCUUCCUGUAAUGAGUAUGAGUUACUCGUGCGUAAACUGGUGCCUCUCUAGGCUGAUUUGCCUUGUUAAACCUUUCUGACUGCACAGCCCCUUCUGAUCAUGACUGUCUCAGUCACUAGCAGAAUCCGUCAGUGGGCGUUUCUUGAAUCUCUUCCAACAUAAGAGUUGUUUGACACCCAAUCUCCUCCGCCUCUCACUGCGCGGGAGCCUUCUGCGCAGGGUGGGCGUGGGUAGUGGGGGACCUGUCCCCUCCUCACUGAGUUCCAGUGAAGAGUCCGUGAGCCCUCUCUCCGAUUUUCCCAUCUGCUCACUUUUGUUCCUGGUGUUGCGCUUAAAUGCUUCCCCCUCCACUGAGUCGCCUCUCCCCCUGCUGCUGGGUCCUUCUCCAGCAUCAUCCAGGAGCCUCCCCUUCGCCUCCCGCUCUGAUGUCAGUUCCCUGACAUCCACCUCCCCCCCAGAAUCCCCUCCACCCCUGGGCCGACCUCGUCCCCUUCGUCAGCCGAGGAGGCGGGAAACCCCGGAAGGAACUGUCACCAUCUUCUGUGGGUUCGAAACCCGCUUCCCAAUCGCUCUUCCACCUACCAACGGGGUGGUCUUCCCCGUCUGAUGCUUCUUCCUCCGAAACCUCUCCUCCCUCCUCGGAGUCAGAAAAUCCCUCAAAACCCUCUUCCUCAUCUGUGGUUCCAAAUUGCUCCUCCCAGAAUCUCUCCAGGGGUUUGGGUUUGUCCGGGAACCGGUGGUGGAAUACCUCCACCAGAUACCUGUCCUCGACGGCUUCCGUGGGGACCCACGUGUUUUCGGACCUGGGUUCCCCUUCCCACGCUACCAAAUACUCCACCCGGCGCCCUUGCCACCUUGAGUCCAGUAUUUCCGUGGCCCUGUGGUGGUGUUCCCUUUCUUCUACCUGCGGGUGUGUGGUGACUUCUCCCUCUUGCCCCUGGAAUUCCCGCCCUUCCCUAUGCGGUGAAAGCAGGGACCUAUGGAAAACCGGGUGUAUUUUCAUGCUAUCAGGCAACCUGAGCUUAAAUGCCACGGGAUUAACUUGCUGUGUUACCUCAAAGGUCCCAGCCGUCUGGGCUGCAACUUCUUGCACCCCCCUUUGAAAGGUAGCCCUUGGGUGGACAACCACACCCGGUCCCCCACCCGUAUGGUCUCCCCUUCCCUGCGGUGCUUGUCUGCCUGCCUCUUGUAAGUUUCCUUGGCCCGCUCCAAGUUCAUCUUAAGUUGCUGGUGUAGGGCCUCCAUUUCUUCCACAAACUGCUCUGCGGCGGGUACGCUCCAGCUUUCCUCCCCACUCCCGGGAAGGCCCUGGGAUGACACCCAUGGUUGGCCAUGAAUGGGCUCAUUCCCGUGGACACGUGUUCCGCGUUGUUGUACGCGAAUUCAGCCAGCGCUAGUUUUUCUACCCAAUCGUUCUGCCUCUCGCUGACAUAGCAGCGUAGGUAUUGCUGGAGUAUACUGUUCGCUCUUUCUGCUUGCCCGUUGGUCUCUGGGUGUCUCGCCGUCGAGAAACCCACCUCCACCUGCAGUAAGCUCAUGAGUUUCCUCCAGAACCGGGAAGUAAAUUGUUUUCCGCGGUCGGAGAUAACCCUCAAGGGGCGCCAUGCAGCCGGAAUAUGUGCUCCACAAACAACCGGGCUGUUUCCUCUGCCGUUACAGCAUGUGAGCAAGCUAUAAAAUGGCACAUUUUUGUCAGUAGGUCGACCACUACCAUGACUGCUGUCUUUCCCCGGGACUUGGGCAAAUCUGUCAUAAAAUCAAUGGAUACCACCUCCCAGGGUUUCCCGGCGUGGGUAAGGGUUCCAGCAAUCCUGUGGGGGCAGCCCGCUCCCCCUUUGCCCUUUGGCAGCGGUCGCACCCCCGUACAUAUUCCCGUACAUCCUCCCUCACCCUGGGCCACCAGAACUGCCUGGUCACAAGCAUCAUGGUUUUGUGCUGUCCAAAGUGCCCUGCUGUGGGGUUGUCGUGGAGUUGUUUGAGUACCUUUCCCCUCAGGGUCUCCCCCGGUACGUACAGCGCUCCCCUAUAGUACAGUACCCCUUCCUUCUCCUCAAACCCUUCUUGGGUCCCUCUUCCGUCUCGUAGUUCCCGGAUUUUAGUUUGCGCGAACACGUCGUUUCUGGUCAGCCCGGCUAGUUCUCGUUUCCCCACCAAAGUUCCCCACACACCCAUCGGUCCUCGGGGAUCACGUGUCGUUUCUCCGGCGGCCCCUCUCCUUCCAGGUACUCCGGUUUACGCGAGAGAGCGUCUGCUCUUACGUUUUCUUCUCCCGGCACGUAGCGGAUUUCAAAGAAAAACUUGGAGAACUCCUGUGCCCAUCGAAUCUGUCUCUGGUUGAAUACUCGUGCGGUUCUCCAGUACUCCAAGUUCUUGUGAUCUGUGCAAACCUGGAUCUGUUGUUGCGCCCCUAUCAGUAGAUGACGCCAACGACGAAGGCCGCGUAGAUUGCCAGCAGUUCGCGGUCAUACACUGUAUAGUUUUGCUCCGACUUGCUCAGUUUUCUGGAGAAAAAGGCACACGGUUUCCAUUCCUGCUUUCCCUUCCCUGGCUGCAAAGGACCGCCCCUACGGCUCUGUUGGACGCGUCGGUCUCUAGCCUCAGGGUUUCUCCAGAUCUACGUGCAGGAGUAGCUCUUCUGAUGCGAAAGCCUUCUACACUUAUUCGAAGGAUUGCUGGGCCUCUUCUGUCCACACAAACUUCUUUUUGCUACUGAGACAAUCCGUGAUGGGCACUGUCAAGUGGGCGAAGUUCUUGAUGAACUUCCUGUAGAAGUUGCUGAACCCUAGGAACCUCUGUACGUCCUUCCAUGUUUUGGGAGCCUUCCACUCCAGCACUGCCUGCACCUUGCUUGGGUCCAUCGCUAAGCCUUUGUCAGACAACUUGUACCCCAGAAACUCGACUUCUCUGGCGUGAAACUGACAUUUUUCCAUUGGCUCUGCUGGCGGGGAGGGCUGCCUUGGUAUUUCAGGAAUGCGGUAGUCAUGGCAACGUUGCUCUCUCCCUUCCCGCCUCUCCUGGGCGCGCGCUUCCUGGCGCACGCCAAUCGCAAGCACAGCCUUGGUCAGCUGAUCCAUCCCCUGUGGGCGGGGUGCGCGGGAAAGUUCAUCCUUAACCGUUGGGGACAACCCCUCCUCGAAUAACAUCUGUAUGGGUUCGGAGCCCAGUUCCCACCCGAGGCGGUGAACUAUCAUGGCAAAGCGCAACCAGUAGUCCCUAACUGACUGGCUCCCCGUUUACAGUUCAUCAAUUCCCGCUUUGUCACACUUUUUUGAACAUCAGUGGAAAACAUCGCGUCCAUCGCUUGGAAGAAUUUCCUCAGGUCCUGCAUGGCGGAAUUCUGCGUCGCCAUAGGGGUCUGACCCAUUCCCUGGCCCCGUCCUGCAGGUGACCCACAACAUAUGCCACCUGCGCCGCGUCGUCUUCAAAAUCGUUAUGCUGCAAUUCCAAUGCGUACUCUAUUUCCGUUCUAAACGCACUGUAUUCUUGCGGCUUCCCCCCAAACUUGUGCACCAGUCCCGGUACCUUCCUUGCUAUGGGGUGGGUCUGACCUGUGCAUCUUGAGACCGCCUUUCGUCCAGCCGUGCCGUCAGAAUGGCCACAUGCUGCUCCAAAUCUCGGUUCCUCUCCUCCAGCGUUUGCCCUCCAGCUGCUCCCCCCCUUGGGUGCCUGCUUCUCCGGGCUUGCUCAUGAUGCUGCCUGCCUGCUGCUGCGCACGAGCAACUUUUCAGGGACUGACGGAUUGCUGUAAUGAGUAUGAGUUACUCGUGCGUAAACUGGUGCCUCUCUAGGCUAAUUUGCCUUGUUAAACCUUUCUGACUGCACAGCCCUUUCUCAUCAUGACUGUCUCAGUCACUAGCGGAAUCCGUCAGUGGGCGUUUCUUGAAUCUCUUCCAACAUAAGAGUUGUUUGACACCCAAUCUCCUCCGCCUCUCACUGCGCGGGAGCCUUCUGCGCAGGGUGGGCGUGGGUAGUGGGGACCUGUCCCCUCCUCACUGAGUUCCAGUGAAGAGUCCGUGAGCCCUCUCUCCGAUUUUCCCAUCUGCUCACUUUUGUUCCUGGUGUUGCGCUUAAAUGCUUCCCCCUCCACUGAGUCGCCUCUCCCCCUGCUGCUGGGUCCUUCUCCAGCAUCAUCCAGGAGCCUCCCCUUCGCCUCCCGCUCUGAUGUCAGUUCCCUGACACUUCCCCAUCCUUUAUUAUUUACGGACUGAACUGAAUGAUGUUAAAAGGACUUGGAAUUCAUUUAAUUGGAAGGACAACUGCUCCAUUAUCUCCAGCCUGGCUGAUAGAUGAAAGGAAUCUGCAAACAUGCCAAGGAACUGAUAAGGUUCAUUACUGGGACAGUGUGAUUUUUCUGCUCUUGUCAAAGUUGCAAAACAACGAAGCAUGGGACGGAGCAAUGGAGAAAUUUCUGAAACAAUGGGAUAUUAGCUACAACAAAGGCAUGAGGGAGAACAAUCAGGAAAAGUGAGACAUAACAUUUUACAUGGACAGGAAGAAACAUCACGGACAGAAUAAUUGUCACAUACAGGAAGAACAAGGAUAUCGUUUGAGUGCCUCACUAGUAGUUUCAUAAAUCAUUUAAUGUUUCAACACGAAUAGAAAUUAAUAAUGCAGUUAUUGUAUAUGGGAUUAUAAUUUUGAUUGGAAUGUAAUUGAAAUUAAUAAGAUUUUGGAAUGCAGAAAUAAAGAAAAUCAUCAAACCAUCAAUUCUAGCAUGCAGUAGGCCACCUAAAUUAUAUAAUUUGCUAUUUGAAUGAUUGGUACUAGUAAUCAUAUUAUAAUUUGGCAUUGUUAUAAUGAGGCCAUUAUUGGACUGUAAUUGAAAACUAAUAAAAAUUAUUAUCAAAAAGAAAGAAAGAAAAGAAAAGCAGGUGCGGCAAGCAAGGGAUCUGUAUAAAUAACAAAAGCCCCAGAGUUUUGAGUCAGGCUGUGUACACAUUACCAUUUUCCCCAGCUCUAAUUCUAGCGCACUCCCACCACUGGUGUUUGAAUCUGUUAUACAAAUUCUAAGGUCUUAUAUAUAUAUAAAAUAAAUGUUCAUAAAUGUACAAGGCAAACACAUACCUAAGUAUAUAAACCACGUGGAGGAAAUAGUACAGGAGAACAAUCCUGAAGCCAUUUUGACUCUCCCAAAUCGACCUCAAAUAUUUCUCUGCAAGGAGGAAGGAAAUGGGAAAAGCUUUCCAAUUGUCUUUGGACCACCUCUUUCUGUGACGUAUGUAUGAUGUUUUGGGGGGUGGUCUUGAGCUACAGGGUAGGCAAUUUCAAAAGUCUAUAUAAGAGCUUGCAUACCAAUGUUCUGGGUUCCUCCUCCCUACUGCGUGGGAGGUGAGCAACCUGUUGCAAUAGUUUAAUAAAGAUCAGGCUUACUAGCUGCUUUGCUUUAAUAUUACUGUUUUGGUCUCUGUUUGUUACUCCCAACCGGUAAGAGCCUCAAACACACUCUACACAGUGUUCCAUUCCUCAAAGGAAUUGGACUAUAUCAAAGGGAAUUUCCACUCAUAACAAUUUGACGAGCCAGCCAGGAGAAUCAGUUUUUCCGGGGUUUCGGGUGCUGAGGGACCGGUUGCCCAGCGUGCACCCAGCCAAUUGCAAGGGGGAGCAAUCUAUCCCCCAGCAGACCCAGAUCCUGGCAUUAACUGGGAUUCUCCGCAGGACCAACCAGGAAAAGCAACACUGAUCCAGCCAGCCAGAAUUUGUUUCACCUGACUGCUUCUGGGGACAGUGGUCUCCUCUGCAAUCACCACCAUUGUGGCAUUAGCAGGCAGUAGCGUUAUGUCUAAAUGUAAUAUAUUUGCACCAAUUCUAAGCAAUGGCAGUGACUCAGGAAUGAAAACAUCUCAUUCCUAUAAGUAUGUUCUACUUUUUUAUCUUCUUCCGAAUUUAUUUCCCUUUGUGGUAUUUUUCUCCUCUUCCAACUUUUUGCUAACUUCUCUGUGGAGGCACAAAAAUCUUCAACAAAACAGUGUGAGGGAUGUUAGCACAAAAGCUCACCUGAAUGCCAUCAAAAUUCUGGCUUCUUUCUGCAUUCUCUACAUAUCUCAUUUUUGUGUUGAGAUUUUAGAUACAUUCGUUCUGGAGGGACAUUAAAUGCGCUUGGAUAUAUGUAAUUGCUUUUAAUGUGAUAGUUGCAUAUUCCUCUGGCCAUGCCAUUAUCCUGAUCUUCAUGAAUCCCAAACUGAAACAGGAAACCGUAAGGUUGCUACUUUGGCUAAAAUUCUGAACGAAGCCACCAUCUUACAGGCUACCAAGAUCUUAUGGAAGUGCCUUCCUCUUUUGCAAGAACAAAACUAUCUUCCUGAGAACUGCCUAGAAGACGUUCUCCUGCACAAGACUGCCCAACCACUGCAGACUUGUUUGCACAGGAGAAUGUCCUGCUGGAUAUGCCCAUGAAGUCUUCAUUUGUUUUGAAACCGUAUUUAUUUGCUUAACAAUUCAUCCACUGCAAACAGAAUUCUUUAGCAAUUCGGGUUCCUCCACAAUUCUGGGCUUCGCUUUCGGAGAGCCAUAUUCAGUUUCUCCAAAGUAUUUACACAACGUUGUAAGGUGACAGGUGUAUGAGGAAUCAGAGCUUCAGAAAUAUUGGUGCUUCUUAAUGGUUGUCUCUCUUUCCUUGAAUGCACAAUUCACCUGUACGGUAUGUGCCUCAGACAGAGCAAGCAGCAUUAAAAUGGGAAUGCAUAGAGUAAGCUGAAAGUAGGGGGACAAGCCAUUGUGGUGGAAAUCUUCUGCCUGAAUUUGGAGAGUCUGGCUGUCUUCGCUCCUGCCCUGGUUAUAUUAUUUUGAGGUCGAGGUUGAGCUAAUUAUCUCCUUUGAUUUUUAAGAGUGGGAUCUGCUAAACGAGUUGAAGCAGUUGGAAUGCUGGAUGUUACUUUCAUAAAAGUAUCUAUUUGUACACAUUAUGAAGGUAGGUAGCAGAGAAUGACUACGGAAAGUCUAAGUAUUGUUCUGAAAAGAGGAGGCUGCAGGCAAGGGAUCUGUAUAAAGAACAAUAGACUGACAGCUCCAAAUCUGGCUGUCCACAUGUUAGCAUUCUCUUUGGUUAACGUGGUUGAAUCCCACGCCGAAAGGUAGAAGCUGAGACAUCUCCCCCUAGGCUGGUGGCCGGGCUGUGCCACACUGCAACAGACGCAUCACAAUUCAGGUCAGGGAGCAGGUGCAGGGAGUAGGAGGGAAAAGUCAUUUGGGGGGACAACAACAAGAACAACGACAUUUUUAAUAUGCCUCCCAUCUGACUGAGUUGCAAAAUUUCUCUAUAGAAGCAGAAAACCUGGAGAAACUCUUUUAAUUUCGUUAACUAAAUAUUAUGUUGAAUGUACACAAUCAGCUUCCUGGUUUUUAAUUCUUCUAACUUCUGCCUUUUUAUGGAAUGCCAAUCUAUUGGUCUGCAUAACAGCUCUACGGGACCUUAUGGUCUUCAAACAAAAACAUCUUGGAGGUCCCAGGCUACAGAGAGGUUAGGCUAGCCUCACCCAGAGCCAGGGCUUUUUCGGCUGUGGCUCUGAUCUGGUGGAGCACUGUCACAAGAGACUAGGGCCCUGCGGGGCUUGACAUCUUUCCGCAGGGCCUGCAAGACAGAGCUGCUCCACCAGGCCUUUGGCUAAGGCACAGCCUGACCCCCUUCUUUGGUAAUCCUCACAGAACCCAAUGGUUGCCAUUAAUUUGAUUUUGAAUUGAUUUUAGAAUGAAUUGAUUUUAGAAUGCUGUAUUGCUUUUACUGUUGUUAGCUGCUCUGAGCCCGGCUUCAGCUGAUGAGGGCAGGAUAUAAAUAAUAAAAAUUAUUAUUAUUAUUAUUAUUUAUUAUCUAACACCCAACUUCAAUUACCCAACUAAUUAGAACAAAUACUCAUUUGAUAAAGACAUAUGUUUUCAAAUUUAUUAAUAAGAUGAAUAGCAAUGUUGGUGGACAAAGAUUAAUCAAAAUCAACAAAUCCUCUGUCUCUAUAUAUAAAUACAUAUAAAUCACUUUGUUAAGCCAGAUUCAAAUACAAUAAUCAAAAUGUCUGUGGAAUUUGCACACAUGACAUCAGAAGAGGCAAUAUCGAUUUAGUAAUAGAAUCCUUCCAGGGUUGAUUUGCAUCUGAACAGAAUCAACAAAUGAAAAUAACUCCUCAGCUCUCUAAAACCUUUUCUGUUCUAGAUAGAAGGCAGAGGUAGUGUCCUCCACACAACACAUAUACAUAAAGUGCGGUGGCGGCAGCAGAUGGUGCAAAUAUUACACAUUACAACAGAGUUGACAUCCUCCUUCACGCUCAGAAAGAUGCCUACUUUAUUUGAAUUGUUCUGCUUCAUUCUUCUGGUGGUUGUGACCCUCACAGGAUUGGCAGGAAAUGGAUUUAUUGCUAUCGUUAACUGCAUUGACUGGUUUCGAAGCAGAAAACUAUCCCCAGCUGACAUGAUCCUGAGUUCUCUUAGCUUGUUCAGAUUUGCAUUUCUUGCCGUUGUGAUACAGAUUGCAAUUCUUAUCCUCUUUUUCAAGGACACUUUUCUGAAUAGGGACCUAAUCACUGUAUACAAUGCCUCGUGGUUUUUUGUUAAUACUACUGAACUUUGGUUUGCCGCUUGGCUCAGUGUUUUGUACUGUGUAAAGAUUGCCAACUUCUCUCACCCUCUCUUCCUGCGAAUGAAGCGGAGAUUCCCUGGGCUGGUGCCUUGGCUGCUUCUGGGGACAGUGGUCUUCUCUGCAAUCAUCACCACCAUCAAGGUAAUAAUGGGCAAUAGACUCAUGUAUGAAUGCAAGGCAUUUGAAUCACUUCAAAGCAAUAACACUGACUCAGGAAUGAAGACAUCUGACUUUUGUAAGUAUUCCAUCUUUCCAUAUGUUGUUCCAGAUUUCUUUCCCUUCAUUAUAUUUUUCUCCUCAUCCAUUUUACUACUAACUUCUCUGUGGAGGCACAAAAAUCUUCUACGAAACACUGCGAGGGAUGUCAGCACAGAAGUUCACCUGAAUGCCAUCAAAGCUCUGGCUUCUUUCUGCAUUCUCUAUGGAUCUAACUUUUUUGUGAUAAUUUUGGAAACUGUCCUGGACUGGAUGGACACUGUGGACCUCUGGGUAAAAAUAUUUUUUUAUAAUAUGAUUGCUGCAUGUUCCUCUGGCCAUGCCAUUAUCCUGAUCUUCAUUAAUCCCAAACAAAAGAAAGAAUCGGUAAGGAUUCUACAUCAGCUAAAAAGCUGCAUGAAGACACCAUCUUAA